AUAACAAAAGAGGCCCUCAAACUCAUCCAUUCGUCUAUUUCGUCAAUCAUCAGUCAGCUACUCAGUGUAAGAAGAAGAAGAAGAUGGCGACACCGGCGUUAGCGGCUCAGCAACUCUUUAGCAUCGGCACUAAGAUAGUCGCCGUCGGCCGCAACUAUGUCGCUCACGCCAAAGAGCUCGGCAACGCCGUUCCUAAGGAGCCGGUGCUGUUUUUGAAGCCGACGAGUUCUUAUUUGGAAAAUGGAGGGACGAUCGAGGUGCCGCAUCCGUUGGAGUCGCUGCAUCAUGAGGUGGAGCUGGCGGUGUUGAUUGGGAAAAAAGCCAGGGAUGUGCCGGAGGCCACCGCCAUGGACUACGUUGGAGGUUACGGUCUUGCGCUGGAUAUGACUGCAAGGGAGAUUCAAUCUGCUGCAAAGUCUGCAGGUUUGCCAUGGACUGUAGCUAAAGGCCAAGACACAUUCACUCCAAUCAGUGCAUUUCUUCCACAGUCAAUGGUGCCAGAUCCCCAUGAUUUGGAGUUGUGGUUAAAGGUUGACGGAGAGAUACGACAAGAAGGCUCUACACGGGACAUGAUAUUCAAGAUUCCAUACUUGAUCAGCCACAUAAGCUCUAUCAUGACACUUCUUGAGGGCGACAUCAUCUUAACUGGAACUCCUAAAGGUGUUGGCCCAGUGAACGUGGGACAAAAGAUAGAAGCCGGGAUAAGGGGUCUCCUGGACGUUCACUUUGAUGUAGGAAAACGCCAGAGGGCAACAUCAUAAUAAUAUGGUAUGUUCAUCAUAUCCAUGUAGUUUACCAACAUCUGAAUCUAUAACGAGACGUGAUUUUAAAGACAAGCAUCAUUAAAUAAUAUUUGUAUCAAAUG